AUGCCCCGAUCGUGCUGGACGCUCGUCCUUCUGGUCGUAGUGACCACCAACCUCUUUGGUUCUUUGGCUUUCCACUGGCCAUUCACGAGCCCCGAUGACGAAGCUGCUGCUACCCCAACGUCAACCGCCCUCCUAGAUACCAACCCCGCAGUUGUUCACCCAUCCCCUGCAUUGGGUCCAGCCACCGCCCCCUUAACGAUCCCUCCUACCACGCCUCCUCACCAUAACCUCGAUGCGCUCGUCGCCUCUGCUGGUAAGCUCGAGCUCGACGCCGAAGGUAGGGGCUCCUUUAUUGACACCUCGUCCCUUAAACUGAAUUUCACGGUGGCCAAGGCGACCACAGCUCUGAGUGACAUUGUACCGACGUAUCGCAAUUGGGUCGGUCCUCGUGCUUCUGCUCCGGAUGCUGCUUGUUACCGGGAAGCUCAUAUCAUGAACACGUGCCCGACGAACUUCGACCGCAACGAAUUGACCAACACUUGCUGGGCUGAAUGCCCCCUUGCUUACCCCGUUGAGUGCGGUAUUGAAUGCAUUCGGCAAGGGGACGACUGCACCAUGGAAGCACUGAACAAAGUCGGAGCCAUUAUGAACUCGGCGCUGGCCAUUGGGUCUAUCGGAUCAAUGUUCAAGUUCUGGCCACUCGCCAAGCAAGUGACACGGGCUUUUGAUUGUGCCAAUAUGAUGAUCGGCUCGAUGCGUGCGAUCAUCCGGUACUUGCGUGGCGUCCAGACCGCGUACCCAACAGCACCGAUGGACCGGAUCCUUGCCGUCGUGUACCAAUCCAACAACGUUGUCACGGAUCUACCCAUGGCCAUUUACUUGUGCAUGGGGUGGGAGUUUUCAAGACCGCUGGAUAUUGCGGGUCGCGUGCUCACGUCCAUGAACUGGAUCCUGUUGAACGCUGUCAUUUACAAGGACGAUAUCUUCUCGAGCUGGAGCAAAUUCAAGGCCUUCUUGAUCGGUGCCAACUUUACCGAAGCAGUCAAUCACAUCAAUGAGACGGAGAUUGGCACACUCAGUGACGCGCUCAAGUCGAAAUCGAACUGUGGCUACAACCUGCGGGCUUUGACAGAUCGCACUUGGAAUACCGUGCACCAGCUACGAGCAGACUAUCCGGGCAUUUCCGAGGAUGACCUGCGCUUGAAGAUGCAGAACACGCAGCUCGUGACUUCGGACAUUGCGAUCGCGACGAACAAUUGCAUGGAUCAGCUGAUUCUCGAGUCGGAUGAAGCCACGGCGUACGUCACGCGGGAGAAGAUUCGCACGGCUUUUAGUGCCAUGAUCAACCAGCUCGUGUCGAAAGGCACGAGUAAUAAUGGCACGACGGAAGAUUCGCGCGAGUUUAUGUAUCUCGCGUUGAGCAAGACGCUUAUUUCAAUUGCUGUCACGGGUACCGAUCUCAUCGGUGUCACGGGUUUGUUUGUCACGUAUCUUCAGCACGUCUGUGGUCCGACGAAUUUCAUGGGCGAGAUCGACGAUGGCACGGACCCCAAGACGCUGGGGCUCACUAUCAUUGGCAAAGCGUUUAAUAAGACGACCAUGUCCUGGACGCGCAGAGGAGAUGGUGCCGUUAUUGUUGAUUUCAAGAGCACAGACACGAAGAACGUCACGGUGAAUAUCAUGUCGGGAGGGGACAAGGUUGAUGAAGUCGAAGUCCAUGCCGGGGGUGCUGCCCGGUGGAAGUCCAACAUCACCGUAUUAGGCGGCAAGACCUUGUACUUUGAUCGCUGGCGAGCCGGAUUCCUAGGUCUGCCUGGUACAGGUGGAGGCUCCCUGCUUCUAUGGGUACCUCAUUCGUCAGAAGGUGGACACUUAGAACUGCAGGUGGUGCUAAAUGUGACCUAG